UUUUUGUAGAAAAAUUCUGUUAAGAAUUCAACAUUUUAAUCGAGUUUUGGCAUUAAAAAAAUCCUGCAUACUCGCACAGAAGGUCCUAUUUUAGAGUUUAAAAUGAAAUAUUAUUGUUUUAUUAUUUUGACAUAUUUAUAUAUGUAUAUAGCCCAUGUUGUUGCUACAUAAUGUGAACUGUAGAGGUAUAAAUUAAAGGAAAUAAUCAUUAAAACAUUAAACAUUAAAACAUGCAUACAGUUUGUAGAUAUUAAGCAUCAGUAAGUUAAGUAAAUGCCUCUGUGGCCGCAGGGUGGCGCUGUGUGACAGGUUACUGCCUGUUGUUUUCUCCCUCUCUCUUCACUAAUGACAUGGAGAGUCUCUUUAAUUGACUGUUUGUCUGUCUGGAGACUCACUUCGCUGCUCUGAGCGUCAUUUUGCUCUGGAUGAGUUUUCUCGACACACUUUGGAUUUCACAUCGCAUCUCCACCGCCAGGACGCUCAAUCCUCCAACAAGUUAUCUCCCAGCAGCUUCAGGGAAAAAGUUGGAAGACACUGUGUCUUCCUGUCUGUGUGUGUUUGUGUGUGUGUGUGUGUGUGUGUCUUCAUAUACUGAAUGAAAAAGUGUGUGUGCUGUCAGUGAGAGUGGCAGCUUGUAGAUGUGCAUGUGUGUGUGUGUGUGUGUGUGUGUCCAUCCACUGCAGCAGCAUGUUGCCCCCUGUGAAGAAGGACCGGGUCAUUACUCAUCUCCCAAGGUGUUUUAGUCCACAUGCAGCGCUGCACACCAAAGAUGGCUUCCACCCGCAGGUGAAGGCUGUGUGCCAGGUACAGAAGGCAGGCACAGUGAACUUCAACAUCGCCAAGGUCAUCGUAGUCGGAGAUGUCGCGGUUGGGAAAACGUGUCUAAUCAGCAGGUUUCGUAAGGGCGUGUUUGACAAGAACUACAAAGCGACCAUCGGGGUGGACUUUGAGAUGGAGCGCUUCGAGGUGCUCGGCGUUCCCUUCAGUCUGCAGCUGUGGGACACGGCCGGUCAGGAGCGCUUCAAAUGCAUCGCGUCAACAUAUUACAGAGGAGCACAAGCCAUCAUAGUGGUGUUUGACUUGAGCAGUGUGAGCUCUUUAGCACACGCCAGGCAGUGGCUGGAGGACGCCAUGAAGGAAAACGACCCGUCCAGUGUUUUAUUGUUCCUCGUCGGCACCAAGAAGGACCUCAGUGUGGAAUAUCUGAGCGACGGCCUGAAGAUUUCCUCACUUCUGUCUGUUUGUUUCACUCCUCAGUCUCCUGAUCAGCUGUCUCAGGUGGAGGAGGAGGCCAUCAGACUGUCAGAGGAAAUCAAAGCUGAGUACUGGGCUGUGUCUGCCAAGUCAGGAGACGGCGUCCGGGAGUUCUUCUUCCGCGUGGCCUCUCUGACUUUCGAGGCCAACGUUUUGUCCGAGCUGGAGAAGAGCGGCGCGAGGCACGUGGGUGACAUCAUCAGGCUCACAGACAGCACGGAGGCCAAUCACACACCCAGCAAGAGGAAGUCCAACUGCUGCUGAUGCUCCGACUGAAGCUAAAACACAACAGCACCCUGAAGAUGAGACUGAACUGAAACAUGAACUCAGCUUUGCUCACUGUGGAUAUCAGCAACUAGACCUUGUAAAAAAAAUGUCGUAUCAACCAAAUGAUCUUGUAUUUGUGGCCUGAGGGGAAGUUAGUUUGACAUAAUAAAGUCUUAAGUUGAAGCUGUGAAGAUGUCAGUCAGCAGAAUGAGCAGCUCCGCUCUGUGAACAUUUAUCAAAAGAUAAUUCUCCUCUUCAUCUUUUAUUAAACUGCACCUUGUCGUCCCUUUAAUCAACACGCCUCCGUCUUUCUGUCUGAAGCAACAUGUUUCUCUGCUUGCUGGUCAAAAUGUCAGCACCGGCUCUAAUGCAUUUUUGUUUGGUUUCCUCAGCGUCAUGUGUCUCUGCUGCUAAUGUGAUGCGUACGCUGGCUCCCAUGACCGCGCUCAUACCCACAAUGCAUCGCUCUCCGCUGACAUAAGGGUUCUCAUGAUGUUAAAAAAGGAGGGAUUGUUUGCUGGGACAGAAAAGAGCAGCACGUUACAUCUGAGGCUAACUGAUUAACCCACUCAAGUCGGGUCAGACAGGAGGAAGGAAUGUGUGUUUUAAUGAGCCUGCUUAUGCUUUCAAACAGAAAUAUACUUAACAUUUAUACAAUUGUAAAUAAACUGGUUUUGAUCACUGUGUUGCCCUUGUGUUGAAAUAAAACAGUGUAAACAGCAGAAAACUUGGUGAAUUCUUCACAUUCUUUCUCCCAGCGAAUCAUAAUUUCUACCGUGAAGAAACGCACGCACACAAUCAGACGCACAUCACGUGUUCAGAGCGCCGGCUUGUUUCCCAAAUCAGUACGAACAAGACUCUGAACAAGAGUGUAUAAUAUGAACACUUUUAUUAAAGGGAUCACAGGUAGAAAAGGUCAUCAGCAGUGCCAGAGACAUCAUUUCUCCUCCAUCUGCCGAGAACCGAUCACAGCCUCGCUGAGGAAGACGCAGUAUCUUAACCUGGCAGGAGACGUAAAACCGAGUACUCAAAAACCAUACUUAUUUAAAACAAUAUAGGUAUUAUGGGACCAUGAUACUUUUGCACACUGCAGAAUGAAGCACACCAUUGAAUACCAGCUCUGCUUGUUUACACUGUGGCAAAAAAAAAAAAAA